CGUUGAAAUCGUUUGUUUUCCGUGUGGUUUCUAGGUGUUGAAGCUCAUCGGUGAACAUCAUGACCGCCGUUGCCAAGAAGGCCCCUAGAACUCGUCAUGAGGUGAAGGACAAAUCGAAGAAUCCUAUGCGCGAAGUUAGGAUUCGGAAGCUCUGCUUGAACAUCUGCGUUGGAGAAUCCGGUGAUAGGCUCACUCGUGCUGCCAAAGUGUUGGAGUCCUUGACCGGACAAACACCCGUUUUUUCCAAGGCUCGUUAUACCGUGCGUUCUUUUGGUAUCCGACGUAACGAGAAGAUCGCGGUCCACUGCACCGUUCGAGGAGCCAAAGCUGAAGAGAUUCUAGAGAAGGGGCUCAAAGUUAAGGAAUACGAAUUGCGUCGCGAAAAUUUCAGCGACACCGGAAACUUCGGCUUCGGUAUCCAGGAACAUAUUGAUCUUGGUCUGAAGUACGAUCCGACCAUUGGUAUCUACGGUCUUGAUUUCUACGUCGUCCUCGGUCGUCCAGGCUUCAAUGUUUCACACCGCCGCCGGAAGACCUCGAAGAUUGGUAACCCGCAUCGUUUGACGAAGGAAGAUGCGAUGAAGUGGUUUCAGACCAAGUAUGAAGGUGUCAUCCUCCCGGGAAAGAAGUAGUUCGACGUCCAGUUGUUGCCGCAGCGUUGAAUGAAAUAAAGGGGAAAAAAACUA